AUGGCGAGUGAAUGUAUGAACCCAAAAAAAUGCUCAGAGUGUAGUGCAAAGCACCACACCUUGCUUCAUUUCGGUGACCACGAGCAGAUUGUCACUUCUGCACAUGUCACGGUGGCCGCGUCGUCUACCAGAGACCCCCAUGCCUCAGUUUUGUUAGCAACCGCCAGCGUGGUGAUUCAGAAUGAAGAAGGAAAUCACGUCACCGUACUAGCACUAUUAGACAGCGCCAAUCAAUGA